CGACAAAGAUGAUCUCGUCGCUUCUGGGGCUCUCUGUGCUCGCCGUCGCCGGCGUGCAUGCAAGCGAUCCCAAGUUGUAUCAACGAGCAACGUACGCAACACCGACGGCGCCUGCCGCUAGCGGUGCGUCAUCUGCCCCCGCUGCUACGAUCACGAUCGGACCGUCGUCGGUGCCUACUCCUGGAUCCGUCCCCGAGGACUACUCCCCGUCUGGACUCGAACAAUUAUGGGACUUUGUUGGGAACGUCACAGCUCCUCCAUUCACGACAACCUACGAGCCGUCUCUCCCUAUCCCAGUCCCGUCAGCUCCACCUCCCCUGUACCCAGCAUGGUACGCGCCUCAGCCGGCGCAGAUCUUCCCGAACCUCAAACUCCCCGAGGGUUUCAUCUUCGGUGUCGCUACAAGCGCAUACCAGGUGGAAGGCGCGGUCAAAAAUGAGGGCAAGGGGCCGACAGCGUGGGACUGGGCGAGCAGGCAGCCCAACUUCAUCGAGGACGGGACGAAUGCGGAUAUUGCGGACCUGCAGUACUAUUUGUACAAGGAAGACGUUGCACGUGCUGCUGCGAUGGGAGUUACUGCACACUCCUUCUCGAUCUCGUGGGCCCGCAUAUACCCAUACGGUGUCGCGGGUUCUCCAGUGAAUCAGCAGGGUAUCGAUCACUACUCGGACUUGAUCGACUAUCACCUGUCCAUGGGAGUAGAUCCAGUCGUGACACUCUUCCAUUGGGACACACCGCUCGCGGUCAAUGCAUACUAUGGUGGCUUCACGAAUGAGCGCAUUGUUGAUGAUUACGUCAACUAUGCAAAAACUGUCUUCAAAGCGUACAACGGCCGAGUCCAAACUUGGUACACGUUCAACGAGCCGUCUGUGCACUGUGGUUGGGUUGCACAGUAUCCUUUCAAUGUAUCUCUGGCGCCCGGGGUCAACUCAUCUACCGCUCCGUACCACUGCGCAUAUUACCUGCUGAAGGCCCAUGCUGGUGCCGUGCAGGCGUUCAGAGAAAUGAACAUUAGCGGCUCAAUUGCGUACAAGAACAACGACCUCGUCGGUAUGCCAUGGCGCGCCAACAACCCCGAGGACAUCGCCGCUGUCGAGCGCCAUGCAUCGUUCGGCAUCGGAUUGUACGCUAACCCGGUGUACACCAACGGCGACUGGCCACCUAUCGUGAAGGAGACGCUCCCUGAGAGUUGGCUCCCCCGGUUUACUGAGGCAGAGAUGCAGCUCAUCAACGGCUCGGCCGACUUCUUUGCCAUCGAUGCCUACGCCUCGCAGUACAUCGCCGCUCCUCCCGAGGGUAUCACCGCAUGCCAAGCGAACAUGUCCGACCCCGCUUACCCUGCGUGCAACAGCGUCAUGCUCUACGCCUACGCACCAGGCUACUCCGGGCUCGUCGGACGCCCAGACAUCGUCGCUAAUGAUACCUUUAUGGCGCUCGCGGGGACGAACAGCACUGUGGACGAAGUCACGCUCUCCGAGGUGCGCAAGCGUCAGUCGACGGCGAACGCCACGGAUGAUGCGGGCUAUGGAGAGUUUGAUCCCGGCCUGAGCGUGACUGGGUACCCGGACAUGGGCUGGGCAGUCGGUCCGAGCCCGGAUCCGGCGAGUAACGCGUGGUUGCAGGCGACACCGCAGAUGUUGAGAUAUUACCUUGGAGAGAUUUACAGGCGGUGGCCUGCGCCUUGGAUCUACAUCUCGGAGUUUGGGAUGGCCGAGCCGUACGAGAACCUGAGGACGGAGAUGUGGCAGAUUACGGAGGACCCGACGACCACCAACUACUUCAUGACAAACCUCGGAGAGGCCCUCCUCGCGAUCUACGAGGAUGGUAUUCCGCUUAGGGGCACGUUCUCCUGGGGUAUGAUUGACAAUGCGGAGUGGAACUACGGUCUUGAGCCGAAGUUUGGCCUCCAACACGUGAACUACACGACGCUUGAACGAACAUACAAGAGGUCCAUGUUCGCCUUGUCGGAGUUCUUCGCGGCGCACUUGGUGCCUACUGGCGGAGCAGGAAAUGCUACCUCUUAAAUUCACUAGAUAGCACAGCUACGGACACGUUUUAUCUCAUUUUACUUGCCAUACGUGAACGUUUGUGUUCGGGUACUACUUUCUUGUCCUUUCCGUCCGGUGUAAAAGCCUUUUGAGUGAUUUACCC